AUGAAAACGAAGACGAGUUUCCGGAUAGGGCUCUAUCGAUUAGUGGCGUGUGCCGGAGGUGUAAGUGAUUGAGAGACUGUGAGCGAGAGACUCAGUUGAUAAGUUGAAUAACACUGACGGCAGUAGGGCGUGCGAUGCUUCUUUUCAUAUAAAUUGAGCUUCGGACUUUUGAAAAAAAAAACACGCGUCAGAACAAAACAGAAGCAGUUGUUCUUGUGAUUUUGUCGUGAUGAAAGAGAUAGAGAGCGCAGGGAUUCGCAAGGGCCAUCGGAGCCGUCAUUCUGAGCGACCGCACAUUCGUCCUCAUGAUUCGCUUCUGCUUGUUUAUUCCGGUCGUCAUGGCGCUCGUUUCCUGCGUAGGUUUCCUCUUUCUGUUUUCCCCUCACUGACCUCAUAGUUUCUCGCUCACUAAUUACGUACUAUGUCGACAAACAGAAGAAUAUUGUUGUAGGUUAUGAGUGCGACGACCUCCUUUACCAGCGAAGAACAAGAGGGAUUCGCGAAGCCCGUCAAAAAUGGAAGGAUGUGGGUCACUAGGGAGAGACUCUCAUGAACUUUGUUUGCAGAUUCGAGAAUCCGAAAUCCUUCACAAAUUUCCAUGGACUCCCUGGAAUCCAGUCGGCUUUCAGAUAUCAGUUCAAGGAAAAAGACAACGAGAAUGUGCCGAGUGACACAGAAGUGCUGGACAAAGAGAUUCCUGUCCAUAACAUCACGGCCGCCGACUUCAAGAGCGACAGGAAUCUGUUUGCCGCGUGGCUCGGCCAUGCUACUGUACUCGUGGAUCUGGAAGGAGUCAAGUUCGUCACGGACCCAGUGUGGGCCAAAAGGGCUUCGUUCAUGAGAUUCGUCGGUCCGAAGAGAUACAGACCGCCGCCGAUGGAACUGGACGACUUGCCGAAGCUCGACUUUGCCGUCGUUUCUCACGAUCAUUAUGAUCACUUGGAUGCAGAAGCUGUCAAGGCAAUUACAGAGUGAGUGAAGGAACGUGGAUGGAGAAUCAACGUAUGCGUGCAUUUCAGUUUGAAUCAGAAUAUCAAAUGGUUCGUGCCAAUGGGAAUGAAAAGUUGGAUGAAAAGUAAUGGGAUCGGAGAAGACGAUCCGACGCAAGUAACCGAAAUGAGUUGGGGCGAUAGCACAGAGUUCGAGAAGGACGGAAAGAAGUUCACAAUCUGGUGCCUGCCUGCUCAGCACUGGGGAAUGCGCGGUCCGUUUGACAGGAACACGCGUCUCUGGUCCGGAUGGGCGGUGAUCGGUCCGUCCAGAAGGUUCUACUACUCCGGCGAUACAGGGAACUGCGACAACGAAUUCAAAAAGUUCGGAGAGAAACUCGGACCGUUCGACUUGGCCGCCAUCCCAAUCGGAGCCUACGAACCCAGGUUCUUCAUGAAAUCUCAGCACAUUAACCCAGAAGAAGCGGUGGGUGUGCACGAACUGAUUCGAGCCAGAAACAGCAUUGGAAUUCAUUGGGGUACUUAUCACAUGGGAUCUUACGAGGUUGAUGAGAGCAAUUUACUACUGCUUUAUAAUCUUUUCUUUUCAGUAUUAUCUCGAGCCCCGCAAUAAGCUUCGCGAAAUAAUGGAAUCGCGAGAGGAUUUGAAACACACAAACUUCACGACGAUCGAGAUGGGAAAGAUUUGGGAGGUUCCGAUGGAAUGA